AUGGAAAUUUUGAAAACCCUUUCUGAAGCUGAGUUAGAUAACCUUCGUAGCGUAUUCAACAGCACCAACUCAAGACGUGCACUUAAUGAAAGCGAAUUCAAGAACGCCGUAUACAGGGCGAUUCAAGACAAGUCCAUCAAUGUUAGCCACGUAUACCUCACUAAGCUAUUUGCGUCCAUUGACGUCGCUGGAUCCGGAUACGUUUCGUGGGAUGAGUUGACAACGUUUGCCAUCGAGCAGGCGUCCGGGCUUAUCGUCGAUUCCUGUACGGUUAACGGUAGCGUGGCCUCAAUGACGACAAAUCCACGCAGGAGCUCAGUUCGAUCUCGCUCCAAGAGGACGGAGUCUCAGGAGUCUGGGAUUAGAUCGACGGGAAAGAAAAGCUUUCUGGAAAUUACUCCUUCCAUGCACACUGGAACACGAAGUGAAGAUACCGCUCGUGAAGAUUGGAUAAGCGCCACGGAGUGCGUGUCUUUGAAUAACGAAAGUAUCUGUAGUAGUGGUUUGGGCUCGUCAGGCAUCCAGAAUGGGGAUUCGUUCGACACCUUCCGUCCGUUUCAUAUCGACCAGGACUUUUCUCAGCCCUACGGAUGGGAGGUCGUGAGCCUUCGGUUUAUCAAAUCUAUCCAGAAGCUAGUGAAGUUGUCGCAUGAUUCAAAAGGUAAAAGCGUGAUCUCGAUCUAUGAUGUAAAAAGAGAUGAACAGUUGAACUUCUAUGCUGGAGUAUUGAUGCCGAAUGAGACUGUACUAGACUGGGACUACAUCCCCUCAUCGCCGAGUUGUAUUUACAGCUCCAACGCCCUUGCGUGUUCCUAUAACGGUGGUCUCUUACGUUUAUUCACGCUUGAGAAGAGAAGAUUUGCGAAUGACACGCUGAAACUCUUAAAAAUGUUGGAUGUACACGAGUCGAAGACGAACGUACGCUGGUGUUCGGCCUACGACGGUAGGCUGGCGAUGGGGAAUCGCCACGGCGUGGUGGGGCUGUGGGAUAUUGAAAGUGAAGUCCUCACCGCGGAGAGGCGAAUCCAUGACCACGAUAUCACUGCACUGCGCCCCCACGGCACGAAGCUCUACUCCGCUAGUCUGGAUCGCACGAACUCCGUGAAGUUCACCGAUCUCGAGCGACUCGAAAUUCGAACCUCCUUCAACGAUCAUGGGCUUUCCGGUGCCCUUUGUCUGGAGGUGGACGAGGAAUACUUGUUUUCGGCCGGAUUCGAGAACAAAAUCGUGCAGCGCCCGGUGCAGUGUCCAAAGAGCCACCCUACCUUUCUCUACGAUUCCUUCCAGCCGCAUGAGUGCUACAUCACCUGCAUCCGACGCCUCGAGGACGGCCCAUACCUCAUCAGCGCCGACGCCAAGGGCUGCAUUAAGAUCUGGGAUCUGCGCAUCGCCGGCGUCGUGCAGACGAUCUCCAUGCAGCAGGCCGUCCGACAGAAUGAAAGGCAGCUGAUGAGUCGAGAAGACAGCUCGGUCUUGGGAACUGUCCGGCGGAUGACGUGCAAGGUGCCCGACCCCAUCCACGGCUUCCACCGAGAGUCGAAGCGGGAGCGUCUGACGCACGAGGCGAGGGAGUGGCAUCACUGCGGCAAUGCCAAAAAGUCCACCACGGGGUUUGGAAGUAGUUCUACCCACCGCAAGCCACCGAAAAGCGUCCUCUCCAUAAUGGACAACCGCAUGUCCAUCAACACCCUCUGCCCCUUCGUUGCGUCUAGCUUUUUCGUUGCCAUGCCACGGAAGCUGUAUUUGCUCGGUUCUGCGGAGACCACCUGCCCGGAUUUGGUAGACGACAAGGUCUCCUGUCGCUUUCUUCUGAUCCCCGACCCGUCGAUGGUCCUGACCAUCCAUGAGCGCAGCGCGAAGCUAUGGCAGAUUUCAAACGGCCACCUCGUGUACGCCACGGGGAAUAACCUCCUCGAGAAUGACAUUACGGCCUGCGUCCUGGUGGAGCCCCUGCGGCGCCAAUUCCUGCUCGGCUCCAUGACAGGCGAACUACUCAGCUUUUCGGUCUCCUUAGGUCAGUGCACGCAUUCGCUAACGACCAUCCUGGAAGAGGCGGGUCGAGGCGGGAAGGAAAUUCUCUCCCUGCACACCCUGCCGCGCUAUCGGGAUCAUCUUUGCCCCUAUGCGAUUGUCAGCUACGCCGACGGGGUCGUGUUGGUGGCGCUGGCAAAGGACUAUGAAGCGCAGAAUGUGGUGCGGCUGAGUAUUCUGAACAAGCUGUUAGCGACCAGCGGUGAGGCGAGUGCGGUUUCUGGACGCCCCAUCUGUAAUGCCACCAUCCGAGAUACCAAGCUGAUGGGGAAUAAGCUCUUUGUGUGCGACUCCAACGCGUAUGUCUAUGUGGUUAAUCUCACUAAGAGUCAGUCCACGUUCACGUUGAAACUCCCACUCCUCGGUCCGGAGCUGAUCUUUCUCAGUCCAUUCCUGGAGUUGCCAAAUUUCAAGAGCGAGAUCGCGAACGACACGAAGUCGGAAGCCGACUUGGGGUCGCUGUGCGAUCCGCUGCAUGCGCGCUCCCAACCGACCCCGGGCACCGCCAUGGGGGAUCUCGUGAAGCUCGUUUUCAUGGUCACGAACAGCACCGGCACGAUCGUCGUGGGCCAAUCCGCGCCGAAACCAAAGUACUUGUACGAGAGCAAGUGGAAUUCCGGCUCGCUCGAUUUCAGCGCGACCCUCACCCAAGCGCAGGACUAUGAGGUGACGGCGGAGUGGCGUCCGUUCGCGGAGCGGAUGGGGGAGGAGCCGAUGUGGCGAUGGUGUGGGCUGCUCAACCCCGAUUCCCGAGGGGCCGGGAUCUCCCUAUUCAGCAGCGAUGUCGGGAUCCCCUUCCUGCGGGCGUCCUCGUCGUCCUCGACGCCGGAGAUGCCGCCGGGGAAAGGGCUGCUCCCGCCGUUGGUGUCGUACCUGCCGGUCUCGCGCGCGACCACCGUGGGGGUGAUCGUCCUCCACAUCGUCUGGCUGAACCCCGACGGCGUCGUUGCGCUUGCGGAUAACUACGGAUAUGUGCACAUAUGGGAUCUCAUGGACGUCCUCUUCCGGCCCGUCAUCGACCACCCCCCGAGCGUGACGAAGUCGCGAAAGCAGCGAAACGCGGAAGGGGGUGGAGGGGCGGCCCAUCGAGGCUCCAUCCCACACGAGAUCACCUACUGGCAUGCGCAUAAAAACCGCAUCACGGCGAUGAAAUGCACCACCGUUUGCUGCCCAUUGGAAGGGGGGGGGCGGGGGGGAGGAGGGGAAGGAGGUGGAAGCAGGGGAGGACCUCCCGUUGCUCAUCACGAGCGGCCUUGA